AUGGAGUGCAUUUCUUCUAUCUCAUACUCUUUGACUGAAAAUGGGGGCCUCUCUACCCCAUUUCCAGGGAAGAUGGGGAUAAGACAGGAGGACCCAAUGUCCCCCUAUCUCUUUGUGAUUGCAAUGGAAUACCUACAGAGAGAACUGUCCUUACUUAAACUGCAGAAGGAUUUCAAAUAUCACCCAAGAUGCAAGAAGCUAAAUGUGGUGCAUAUCUGCUUUGCAGAUGACUUGCUAAUGUUCUACAAAACAGAUAUCAAGUCUGUCCAAUUACUACAAAGUGCUUUUAAGAGAUUUUCUGUAGCUUCUAGGUUGGAGGCAAACAAUGACAAGAGCUCAGUGUACAUGACUGGUUUCAAGCCUGAAUUAAAGCAAGCAAUUCUAGAUACUUUGGGGUUAACUGAAGAAGAAAUACCUUUUAGGUAUCUAGGAGUGACCCUAUCCUCCAAGAAGCUUACGAUUGCACAAUGUCUCCCCCUAGGGGAGAAAAUUAUUGAUAGGAUGAGAUACUGGUCAGCAAAGCUUUUGUCAUAUGCUGGAAGGAUCCAACUAAUACAAUAUGUGGUCUUUGGGGUACAAACCUAUUGGUCACAAAAUUUCGUUCUACCUAAGAGGAUAUUUAAGAUGAUAGAUAGUAUCUGUAGGACCUUUCUCUGGACAGGAUCAGUCUCCACUUGUAGAAAAUCUCGGGUUUCAUGGGCAAAGAUGUGUACCCCUAGAGCUGCUGGUGGACAAAAUAUUCUGAAUCUGUACUUAUGGAACCAAGCUGCAAUCCUGAAACAACUAUGGGUUGUACAUUGCAAGAAGGACUAUUUGUGGAUAAAAUAG